UCUGCUCUGCCAUGAUUUCAUCUCAGUCAGUGGCCCUAUGGGCCCUGGGAGCAGUGAAGCACAGCUGCUGGAGCUGGAGAUCACCCCCAGCAAAACCAGAAUGUUGCACCAAAGUGAAAUCUGUGUCCACGCGCUCCAGCCCAGCCAUGGCCAGAGAUUCUAGGAUCUUCAUGAACCAGGACAUGGACAUCGGAGUUGCAUCCAGAGAGCCUAAGAAGAUUCCCAAGCAGGCUCGGGAUGACGUCCCCAUCGCCACUGACAGAACCCGGCUCAUAACAGCAGAAGGUAAGAAGCCACGGCAGCGAUACAUGGAGAAAAGUGGCAAGUGCAAUGUGCACCAUGGGAACGUCCAAGAAACCUACCGAUACCUGAGCGACCUCUUCACUACUCUGGUGGACCUCAAAUGGCGUUUUAAUCUUCUUGUCUUCACUAUGGUCUAUACCAUCACUUGGUUGUUUUUUGGGUUCAUAUGGUGGCUCAUUGCCUAUAUCCGGGGAGACCUGGACCAUCUUGAAGAUGAAAACUGGAUCCCUUGCGUUGAAAAUCUCAGUGGAUUUGUUUCUGCGUUUCUCUUUUCUAUUGAAACUGAGACAACAAUUGGGUAUGGCUACAGGGUUAUAACGGAGAAGUGCCCGGAGGGCAUUGUGCUGCUCCUGAUCCAGGCUAUUCUGGGUUCCAUAGUCAACGCGUUCAUGGUGGGAUGCAUGUUUGUCAAGAUCAGCCAACCAAAGAAGAGAGCUGAGACCCUCAUGUUUUCUAACAAUGCAGUGAUUUCCAUGAGGGAUGAGAAGCUCUGUCUCAUGUUCCGUGUUGGAGACCUCCGCAAUUCCCACAUUGUCGAGGCUUCCAUCAGAGCCAAACUGAUUAAGUCCAAACAGACCAAAGAGGGAGAGUUCAUCCCCUUGAACCAAACAGAUAUCAAUGUGGGAUUUGACACUGGAGAUGACAGAUUGUUCCUGGUGUCACCUCUUAUCAUCUCACAUGAAAUCAAUGAGAAAAGCCCCUUCUGGGAGAUGUCCCGCACCCAGCUGGAGAAGGAAGAGUUUGAGAUUGUGGUCAUUCUGGAAGGGAUGGUGGAAGCAACAGGGAUGACUUGCCAAGCUCGCAGCUCCUACAUGGACACAGAGGUGCUGUGGGGACAUCGCUUCACUCCUGUCCUCACCCUGGAGAAGGAUUUUUACGAAGUUGAUUACAACAGCUUCCACAGCACUUACGAAACCAACACUCCUGUGUGCUGUGCCAAAGAGCUGGCCCAGUCCCGCCGGGAAGGCCAACUCCUCAGCAGCAUCUCCAGUGCCACUGUCCUGGGUGGAGGCAGAGAAGCAGAGACGGCGAAAGGGGAGGAAGAGGAAGAGGAAGAAGACAGGGAGCCAGCAGCAUUCAGUGGAGCCAAUGGGACAGCGGGAGAGGUGAAAGAAGAUCUGCCUGUAUAACACGUGAGCUGCUGGGCAGUCAAAACCCACACACACAGCAAGCGAGGAAUUGACUGGGAGUCAGAGACCUGAGGUUUAUAUCCAGAUCUCUUUCCUGCUGCUUGAUCCUGGCGAGUCACUGCACAGCACCGUGCCUCAGUUUCCCUCCCCUUUUAACUGUACGGCGAGGUCCUGAGCUUUGCACUCAUUUGCAAAGCAUUUGGAUCUCUGUGGACAAGGCUCACUAAAUACAAUCACGGUUAAAAUUGAAAUCCCCACCAGUAGUUGUUUCAAAAGAUGUUCAUUGGACAUUCAAAACGUAUUUCCCCUUGCAAGGGUAUUUACAAAGGUAAAGAUCUAGAAGCUCCCAUCUCAGUAUGAAGAAUGUGUUUUCAUGCCUUCACUUAACUUGUGAGUGUAUGUGUUGUAGAUAUUGUUAUUGCUUAAUUAA